CGAUUUUCUCACAUUGUAAAUGACUAUUAUGUUCAAUUCUCCCGUCCCAAUACCGCUUGUAUAAAAUUUUAAAAAUGUUUACCUAACAAAACGGCCGUACGUACGUUUUACUAAAACAUUAAACAAUUUCAUCCCAAACCCAAAAUUACUCAAAUGUGCCAAACUUCAAAAACCAAAGCCAUCCUAUCCUUGUUGCAAGGAUGCAACAGCCUCCAACGGCUCAAAAAAAUCCACGCCCACGUCAUCACCAACGGUCUCCAACCCCACCCCGCCAUUUCAAACAAGCUGCUCAACUUCUGCGCCGUCUCCGUCUCCGGCAGCUUGCCCUACGCUCAGCUGCUCUUCCACCACCACCUCCAAAAUCCACAAACCCAAGACUGGAACUCCCUCAUCAGAGGCUUUUCCAACAGCCCUUCUCCUCUCCAAGCCAUUUUUUACUACAAUCGCAUGCUUUCAUCUGGUUCCGAUUCUUCUCCUGAUACAUACACUUUCUCCUUCGUGCUCAAGGCCUGCGAGAAACUGAAGGCCCGGAAGAAGUGUGAAGAGAUUCAUGGAGCUGUGGUAAGAUUUGGGUACGAGAGUGACGUCGUUGUUUGCACCAAUCUUAUGAGGUCGUAUGCGGGAGAUGGGUUGAUUGAGAGUGCAGAGAAGGUGUUUGAUAAUAUGCCUGAGAGAGACUUGGUGUCUUGGAAUUCUAUGAUUUCGUGUUACUCUCAAAAGGGCCUUCACCAUGAGGCGUUGAAGAUGUAUAAUGUGAUGAGGAAUGAGAAUGUGGGUCUUGAUGGGUUUACGUUUGUUGGGUUGCUUUCGUCUUGUGCUCACUUGGGAGCAUUGAAUACUGGAGUUCAGAUGCAUAGAAUCGCUAGUGAAAAGGGGCUUCUGGGGAAUGUUUAUGUUGGGAAUGCGCUUAUUGAUAUGUAUGCUAAAUGUGGUAACUUGGAUAGUGCUCGUAGUGUGUUUGAGAGGAUGCGGAAGCGGGAUGUUUUUACUUGGAACUCCAUGAUUGUUGGGUAUGGAGUCCACGGUUGUGGGGAUGAAGCAAUCUCAUUUUUUGGGCGUAUGCUGGUGGAAGGAGUCCAGCCGAACUCCAUCACAUUUCUUGGUUUGUUAUGUGGAUGCAGUCACCAAGGCUUGGUAGAGAAGGGUGUUGAGUACUUCAAUGUGAUGAUCUCUAAGUUCAAUGUUAAGCCUGGAAUUAAGCAUUACGGGUGCCUGGUGGAUCUGUUUGGCAGAGCUGGGAUGCUCAAAAAGGCACUUCAAGUUAUUAGGACUUCGCACGCCCAGGACGAUCCAGUCCUUUGGCGGACCCUGCUUGGCUCUUGCAAGAUUCAUAAGAAUGUAGAAAUAGGGGAAAUUGCCAUGAGGAAUCUAAUCCAGCUAGGGUCAUCGAAUGCAGGGGACUACGUACUUCUUGCUACAAUCUAUUCAAAGAGAAAAAUGCAGAUGGAUGUUGCAAAGAUGAGAAAGUUGAUUAAAACCGAGGGAGUAAAGACAACUCCUGGUUGGAGCUGGAUUGAAAUUGGUGAUCAGGUUCACAAAUUUGUUGUGGAUGACAAGUCACAUCCUGACACUAAUGAAAUUUAUUGGAAACUGAGAGCAGUUGUUCAUCGAGCUGCUCUGCACGGUUAUGUGCAGGAGAAACCUUUUAUCACAACUUCUGAGUUUCCCUUCAUAGACACAGAUUGUUUAGGAACUUCUGCUUCAUGUCACAGUGAGAAGCUGGCAAUCGCUUUUGGCCUGGCACGAACUCCAGAAGGAACGCCUUUACGAAUAGUUAAGAACCUGAGAGUUUGUAGAGAUUGCCAUUCGUUUACAAAGUUUGUUUCGCAAGCUUUCGAUCGAGAAAUAAUUGUUAGGGAUCGUGUUCGGUUUCAUCACUUCAAGGGUGGAUUAUGUUCAUGUAAAGAUUAUUGGUAACUUAUCCUAGUGAUUUGAAUAAAAUGAGAAUUUUUUUUCCA